AGCAUUUUACGGUAGCAUUUUCCCUCGACCAUCAAAGAUCCACGAUGACAAGCACAUCAGCCCAGUCGACCGAUGCCACUUUCGUGGAGAUGGUGCAUGCGAUGAUCUCCGUAGAGUCAAAGCGUGGCUAUGCAAGCCCUCUUAGGUGGGCUUUGAAAGGGCAAGGUUUCACUGUCGAAAAGAAGGACCCCAAUUUGAACAUUAUCGCCAGGAAAUGGUUCCAGCGCCCGUGGACUUCCCUGGAGAGGCUGAUGUAUGCACACGGCUUCAAAAAACCGAAUGGCGUGUAUCAACUGCAUGGAUUUCAUAUGAACAGCAAGAAAGAGAAUUUGAAGAAACUGGCCAGUAGGACAUCGCCCAAGCGGCCGAAAGAGAAAGCGUCGAAGCUUGGAACAAAAAAGCGCAAGGUGAAAAGACGAAACAGUGAAGCAUCCGAAUGUUCGGCACUCCUCAGGGAAGCAACCACCGCUGGGACGCAGGAAAAAGUUUAUGGCUCUGACGAAUCCACCUGCGAUGACACUUUCGCUGAGGAGCUAGACGAAUACGCCAAUCACCAGAAUGCUCAAGACAACCCCGUGACAAAACCUCCAGCUGCCAAGGUUUCAGUGCCACAGACAGCGAACAACAUUCGUAGAACCGACACGGACGAGCCGGAGGAGGAACCUGCAAAUAGCUCGACAUCGUCGAACAAGAUCAAACUCCCGAUCUCUUUGAAGAAGAUCCUCAUUAACACAUGGGAAUCUAUGAGCCAAAAGCACUUGGUGUAUGAUCUACCCUCUUGUAUGUCUGUGAGAAAAGUAUUGGGCAUGUAUGUAGACGCGAAGGGAUAUCAGGCUACACACAGCUUUAGGAACCUAAGGCAUGAUGCCGAAGACCAAGACAAACUUAUGAAGCGACGGGCGGGGUGGAAAAACCUUGCAGAUGGAAUUGCCAUGUUCUUUGAGAAAUCCGUCCGUACUCGACUGCUCUAUCCUCAGGAAAUACCCCAGUUGAAUGCACAGUUGGCUUCCGUCAAGAGUGGGGAUCAGGACACCUCACCCGCUUUGGUGGACUUCUAUGGGGUGGAGCAUCUGCUGAGGCUACUGUUGAUACUCCCAGAUAUCUUGGCAGAGUGCAUGAGUGACGAGAAUGCAAAAGUUGUCUUGCAGAACGUCUUUGAAUUGGUCAAGUUUCUCCACCGUCAACAGGAUUACUUGUUUGUAACAGCAUUCCGCCAUCUCACCGAGGAGGAAGCGAAGGAACUUGGGCAAAACAACAAUUGACGACGGCGCCGUAGAAGACGCACGCACUGGCGAUGGAGAACCACCGACAACUUCGAACCUUACCGAUCUUCUAUACCGUAGCUAGACCGGUAAGGUACCCUUAAGAGGAUAUGCCAGGCGUCCAUCCACAGAGCUAAAUGAUGUGCUGUUCGUAAUGGCUUAUAUUUUUCAAAGGCAAGUAGAGAGAGAGAACACACGCUCAAACUUAUAGGUUUUAUGGGGUACCGGUAACAAACACUAUAAUAUGCGUAGAGCACUGAAUCGACCAACGCAU